UCACUUUCACAUUUAUGUCGUCUUAGGAGCCCCUCUAGUGUGUGGAAGUUUGAGUGUGUACUCACACAGACAUCCUUGAAAGACAGUAAAAUGAAGUAGUGGCAUAUAGAUCAGCUUAUGCUAAAAGCCCGUGUUAAGCGCUGGUUUAAGCUCUGCUUACCAUGGCAGAGAGCUCAGUGUGGGAAGAAAUCUGCAGCAAGCACGAGAGAAGCCAGAGAGACAAACACAGACUAGAACUAAUUUCUAAGAACAGAUGAAAUUGGCUAUGGAUAAUUCAUAUGAUUUCAAUGAACGAAGCUCAUGGAAUGGAAUUUCAUCUGAGAAGAAAAAAAAUUUCCUUGUAUCAGAAGAUCAUGGACAGAAAAUCUUAACUGUUCUACAGAAUUUUAGAGAACAGAAUGCCUUUUACGAUUUCAAAAUAAUCAUGAAAGAUGAGAUAAUCCCAUGUCAUCGCUGUGUGUUAGCAGCAUGCAGUGACUUUUUCAGGGCUCUGUUUGAAGUAAACAUGAAAGAACGAGAUGAUGGAAGUGUUACCAUUACUAAUUUGUCCUCCAAAGCUGUAAAAGCUUUUCUUGAUUAUGCCUAUACCGGAAAGACAGAGCUAGCAGGUAACAACGUGGAAGCGCUCUUUCAGUUGUCGUCUUUUCUUCAAGUCCCCUUCCUGGCCAGAGCUUGCAGUGACUUCCUAAUAAAAAGCAUUAAUCUGGUCAACUGCUUACAUUUGUUAUCUCUGUCAGACAGCUACGGCUCUACCCAUUUGUUUAAUCAUGCUUUAUACUUUGUACAACAUCACUUUCAUUUAUUAUUUAAAUCCAGUGAUUUCUUAGAGAUGAGUUUUGGAGUGCUGCAAAAGUGUCUGGAAUCAGAUGAGUUAAAUGUGCCUGAAGAAGAAAUGGUCCUAAAGGUCGUCCUCACUUGGAUUAAACAUAACUUAGAAUCCAGGCAAAAGCACCUGCCUCAUUUGAUUACAAAAGUAAGAUUACAUCAGUUAUCUGAGGACACACUUCAAGACUGUCUGCUCAGUGAGGAGUGUUUACUCAAAAGCACAAACUGUUUUGACACAAUUGUGGAUGCCAUUAAAUGUGUGCAGGGCUCCAGUGGCCUGUUCCCUGAUGCUCGGCCAUCCACAACUGAAAAAUAUAUAUUCAUCCAUAAAACAGAGGAAAGUGGAGAAAAUCAGUAUACAUUUUGCUAUAAUAUUAAAACUGAUUCAUGGAAAAUACUGCCACAGUCACAUCUGAUUGAUUUACCAGGGUCCAGCCUGUCUAGUUACGGAGAGAAAAUAUUCUUGACAGGUGGUUGCAAAGGGAAGUGCUGUAGAAAGGUUCGACUUCAUAUCGCUGAGUCUUACCAUGAUGCCACUGAUCAGACCUGGUGCUACUGUCCAGUCAAAAAUGAUUUCUUCUUGGUUUCAACAAUGAAAACACCAAGAACCAUGCAUACAUCAGUUAUGGCUCUCAAUCGACUGUUUGUCAUAGGUGGAAAGACUAGAGGAUCUCAGGACAUUAAAAGUCUCUUAGAUGUUGAAUCCUACAAUCCACUCUCCAAAGAGUGGGUAUCGGUUAGCCCUUUGCCCAGAGGCAUCUACUACCCAGAAGCAAGUGCAUGCCAGAAUGUCAUUUAUGUUCUUGGAUCAGAGGUAGAGAUUGCAGAUGCAUUUAACCCAUCCCUUGAUUGUUUUUUUAAAUACAAUGCUACAACUGACCAGUGGUCUGAACUAGUAGCAGAGUUUGGGCAAUUUUUUCAUGCUACUCUAAUUAAAGCUGUCCCGGUAAAUUGCACGCUGUAUAUAUGUGAUCUUUCCACCUAUAAGGUGUAUAGUUUUUGUCCUGAUACUUGUGUUUGGAAGGGUGAAGGGUCUUUUGAAUGUGCAGGUUUUAAUGCUGGCGCAGUUGGGAUUGAGGAUAAGAUUUAUAUAUUAGGUGGUGAUUACGCACCUGAUGAGAUCACAGACGAGGUGCAGGUCUACCACAGCAGCAGGUCAGAGUGGGAAGAGGUUUCACCAAUGCCAAGAGCCCUAACUGAAUUUUACUGCCAGGUCAUUCAGUUCAAUAAACACAGGGACCCAUGGUUUUCCAAUCAUUUCUAAACCUAAUAUUUGCUUGAGUAUUCUAAAACUAUUCCACAUCUUAAAGGCUUGUUAAAAAGUCUUUACAUCUUAAUACAAUAAGAUAUUCCUGCUAUUAGAGAAUGAUUAUGUGUAUGUUAGCUAUGAAUAGACAGUUCCCAGAAAUUUAAGAUACAAGCUACAUUUUACCAAAAAUUAUAUUGAAUAUAAUUUAAUCUUGAGUAAUCCAGAAUACACAGUAUUUUCAUAUAUAAAUAUAAGUCACAGGCUUUGGCACUUUAGUUUUUAAAGUACUUUAUUGAUGAAAGAGAGAAAAACAAAUCGAUGUUCACAAUGUUUAUACUUUGUAGAAGGGGAUCCCUUGAGGUAGUAGAAGUUAUAUUGCAUAUUAGGUGGUGUGAAAGGUAAAUUAGAAAUUGGUGAGAAACCUAUCUUGACACUGCAGGUAUAAGAGUUGCUGAAUAUCCUUUAUGAUUGUUAAACACUUUUGUCUUUUAUCUUGGUUUUGGUCAGAAAUUUUCUUAAAAUGAAAUACGUUUCUCCAUCCUUCUGAUCAAUAUACCAUGUACUGUUUUAUGUGUAAUAUUAUAUUCAUGUAAUAUAUCUUCAUUAAGAGUAUAU